CGAUUAAUAUUUCGCAUAAAAUACAAUCAAGCAAUUCAUCAGAAUUACUCAAUCCAAUGUCCAUUACGAUUAAAAAUAACAUUUUGGCUGUAUUUAUAGUUCAAUUUGAUGUUCAUAAAGGAAAUGUUAUUGAAUGGCAAUAUCCAAAUGAUGUCGAUUUAGAAGGUGUAGAGUAUCAAGCUAUUUGUAGUGGUUUGCAUAGAGUAGAGUCAGAUAUUAUUUAUUUUUACCGUCAAGAUAAAUAUGGAAUUAGUGUCUUUAGAAAUAUAGCAACAAAUUCUAUUGAAGAGAGAGGUGCUUGUAUGAAGGCUAUCGGGCUUCUUGUAAAACCAACGGAACAUACCGAUUUAUGCGGCGAAGUUUGGAGUCAUGCCCCUUUUCUAAAAGAGGAAUUGAUUAAACAUAUGGAUUCCUCUUCAGAAGCUACUAUUGAUCCUAGACGAUAUGACUGUUUAAUAGAAUAUUAUACUCGUCAUCAAAUGAAAAGGGAAUUCAUAAAUAAGGCAAACAAUAGAACAUAUAGUGCUCCGAGUAUAUCAAGCUCAAUUGACAAUAGUAGCGUCAACUAUAGUCUUCGAAAGAUAUCAAUACAAAAUGAAGAAAGACAAGAAAACCAUAAUAUUUUAUUUAGUAUGGAUUCUUCUUUUCCUGAUUUUGUUCAGCAAUUAGGCCCGAAUAUAUUUGUCUUAUGGAAAGCAGCAUUAUUAAGGAAAAGAAUUGUAUUAUUAAAUAUGCCGCCAAUGGAAGCUACUUGCAAAUAUGUAUAUAAUAUUCAUCAACUAGGACAGAUACCAGUUCAAUUUCAAAAUAAUAAUAAUAUUCGCCCUUUAUUUACUAUAGGCGUUAAUGAUAUACCUCAACUUGAAGAAAUGAAUCAUCAAAGCUACAUUGUACAUCUGAUUCUAUAUUCCAAUCAAAAACAAAUUUAUAUGAUUUAUUAGUUAGGUUACCACAACAAACAGCCUCUUUUGCUCACUAUCAACCGCAAAUCAAAUCUAUUUCUAUGGCAACUGAACAUAAUUCAGCCGAUUUAACAAGAUUUAAAAUCUUAUGGUCAUUAUUAUCACCCAAUAUUCCCUGGUCUCAAGUGAUAGAUAAAGAACCUAAAGGUAGUUUCAACAUGGUUUCUACUUUAUUCACAGGCAUAUGUUACUGGCUUUAUGAAGAAAAUAGAUUAGAUCAUUAUUCUUUCAUGCCUACCCUUGCAGGUUGUAAUUGGCAAAAUUUGUUUGUUGGAUCGAAUAUUAGAAGAGGCCGUUUAUAUAUAUCCGAGGAAGAAAACAGAUUAUUA